UUGAUAACAACGCAAUAGCAAGGAUUCUAGGGUCGGCGAUUGCGCCUCGCGGACCGUGUCGUGUUGCUCAGCGCAAGGGGGACGUUGAGUGGAUCUUAGUCCCCUAGUGGAAGGCAUAUUUUGUGGCUUAUUAGGUAAGGAAGAAACUCCCCAGACCGGAGCCAUGUCGAGCUGGGGCCUGUUCCGGAGCGAGGACAUGGCCCAGUGCCAACUGUUCCUGCAGACCGAGGCCGCCUACAACUGCGUCUCGGAGCUUGGCGAACUCGGCGUCGCCCAAUUCAAGGAUCUAAACCCGGACGUGAACUCAUUCCAACGCAAGUACGUGAACGAGGUGCGCCGCUGCGAGGAGAUGGAGCGCAAGCUGCGCUACUUCGAGAAAGAGAUCCAAAAGGAUGGAAUCCCCGUGCUGGAUACCAACGAGAAUCCGGAGGCGCCGCAGCCGCGCGAGAUGAAUGACCUCGAGCAAACAUAUGAAAAGCUUGAGGCCGAAUUGAAAGAGGUGAACAACAAUGCCGAAACAUUGAAGAAAAACUACCUUGAACUUACGGAACUCAAUUACAUCCUGGCGAAAACCCAGAUGUUCUUCGACGAGAAGGAGGGUCCCCAAGUGCAGGAGGGGAUCCAGCACGCGCUCGUCGCCAACGACGAGGUCGCCAGGACGGCCGGCUCUGCGCAGCUCAAUUUCGUGUCGGGCGUGAUCCGGCGCGAGCGCGUGCACACCUUCGAGCUGAUGCUGUGGCGCGCCUGCCGCGGCAACGUGUUCUUGCGCCAAGCUGAGAUCGAGAAACCGCUGGAGGAUCCCAUCUCGGGCGAGAAUGUCAACAAGAACGUGUUCAUCGUGUUCUUCCAAGGCGAGCACCUGCGCACGCGCGUCAAGAAGAUCUGCGAGGGUUUUCGCGCCACGGUCUACCCGUGCCCCGACACGCCGGCUGAACGGCGCGAGAUGAAGCUGGGCGUCAUGACGCGCAUCGAGGACCUGAACACGGUGCUGGCCCAGACGCAGGACCAUCACCAGCGCGUGCUGCUGGCCGCCGCCAAGAACAUCCGCACCUGGUUCGUCAAGGUGCGCAAGAUCAAGGCCAUCUACCACACGCUCAACCUGUUCAACCUGGACGUGACGCAGAAGUGCCUGAUCGGCGAGUGCUGGGUGCCGCUGGCCGACAUGAGCAACAUCCAGAUGGCGCUGCGGCGCGGCUCGGAGCGCGCCGGCUCCACCAUCAGCCCCGUGCUGAACGCCAUCGAGACCCGCGACCCGGCGCCCACCUACAACCGCACCAACAAGUUCACAAACGGCUUCCAGACGCUGGUCGAUGCUUACGGUGUCGCCAACUACCGCGAGAUGAACCCUGCGCCGUACACCAUCAUCACCUUCCCGUUCCUGUUCGGCGUCAUGUUCGGCGACAUGGGCCACGGUCUGCUGAUGGCCCUGUUCGCCGGCUGGAUGGUGCUUAAUGAGAAGAAGCUCGGCGCCAAGAGGAUCGAGAACGAGAUCGCGUCCAUCUUCUUCGGCGGGCGGUACAUCAUCUUGCUGAUGGGCGUGUUCUCCAUGUACACCGGCCUCAUCUACAACGACAUCUUCUCCAAGUCGCUCAACAUCUUCGGUUCUUCCUGGCGGAGCGGCUGGAAUGCGACCACGAUCUGGAAUGCGAGUUCGGAGACCAGCAUGCUGGUGCCUGAGAACAGCUCCUGCUUCAAGGGCCAGCCGUAUCCCUUCGGCUUUGAUCCCAUCUGGCAGCUGGCCGAAAACAAGGUGACGUUCCAGAAUGCCUUCAAGAUGAAGCUGUCGGUGCUGCUGGGCGUGGUGCAGAUGGUGUUCGGCGUCUGCCUCUCUGUCUUUAACUACAGGCACUUCCGCCAGCUCUCGGACAUCGUCACCAUGUUCCUGCCGCAAAUUCUGUUCCUGCUGUGCCUGUUUGGCUGGCUGUGCGUCAUCUGCGUGCUCAAGUGGUGCCUCUACUCGGCCACGCCCGACCCCACCAGCGAGCAGGACAUCCGCUACGGCUCGCACUGCGCCCCCUCGCUGCUGCUCAUCUUCAUCAACAUGUUCCUGCUCAAGGACAUGAACGCCGACCCCAAGGGCACGGCGCCGGGCGAGCAGUACUGUGACGGCUACCUCUUCGAUGGCCAGAAGGAGUUGCAGUACGGCCUGCUGGCGCUGGGAGUGCUCUGCAUCCCGUGGAUGCUGAUCGCCAAGCCGGUGCUGAUCUACAUGCGGCGCAGGAAGGCGCCAGUGCAGCUGCACCUGCCCGAGACGGCCGGCGCCGCCGCGGCUCCGGCUGACGGCACCAGCAUCGGCGAGUCGGCGCACGGCGGCCACGAGGAGGAAGAGGAGGAGUUCAGUGAGGUCUGCAUCCACCAGGCCAUCCACACCGUGGAGUACGUGCUGGGCUCCGUGUCGCACACGGCCUCCUACCUGCGACUCUGGGCCCUCUCGCUGGCGCACUCCCAACUCUCGGAGGUGCUGUGGACCAUGGUGCUGGUGAACGGCUUCAGCAUCACCCAUGAACUGUGGGGCAGCGCCGUGCUGUUCUUAAUCUUCGGCGGCUGGACCCUGCUGACCGUCAGCAUUCUGAUCGUGAUGGAGGGCCUCUCCGCCUUCCUGCACACCCUCCGUCUGCACUGGGUGGAGUUCCAGUCCAAGUUCUACAAGGGCGAGGGCUACAUGUUCACACCGUUCCGCUUCAAGGACAUCCUGCAGGAAGCCGAGAGCGCCGAGUAGCCGCCCUGGCGCGUGCGUAGCGCGGCCGCUGUCCGGUCCGCCAGCUGCGGUCUCUGCCAGCGAUCGAGCCUCGAGACCGCCUCUGAUUCGCGUGAUCUGCUUCAUCUGGUCCCCGGCGCCCGGCCCACGCCCGUAGCGGGCGGCUGGGUGGUCUGCCGGGGGACGGUCGCUAGCCCGGCACUGGUGGUGGGCGCAUCCCAAGUGCCUGCUCGCGACAUGCGAUUAUCCGCUGUGUGGGUAUUAUCCUACGGCUGGGCAUUUUGUAAUUUGUAUCAGGAAUCGAUUCGUCUGUGCAUAGGUGCUGUGAUUUUCUUACGUGUAUCUCGGGCGAUAACGCAGGCGUCAAAUCGCUCACUUCAUGACGUCCUGUGAUGUAAACUGAACUGGACCAAAUAGAUUCUUCCAAAAUAUU